CUCACGGCGAUGCGUAGGAUUCUUUUUCUUGCUUCUUCCUUGUCGGAAUGCUCUUAAAACGUUGAAGGAAUACGUAGAUAGGCAUCGAGAGAGAUCAGAAGAGAGCGAUUGCAGCUCUGCAAUCUUGUUCGAAGGUGAUGACAUAUGAGCUUGAAGUUUAGGUCGCAUAGGUGGCCAUCCCUCUAUAUAACAUCUUAACAAACUCAUUACUGCCACUAGUUUCCUAUCCACUUCAUUUUCUUUUGUGGGCAAAUUCUUAACACACUUCAUGUGUCAGUCAAGUGACUUGGGAGUCCAAGCAGUAUAUAGAAAGCCUCUUGGCCUCUGUUUUUUGGUAUCCUUUAGGAAUGCAGCUUUUAAUUUAAGAACAUACCGAACGCUUGUUCUGGUUCUAACGUUCUUCUCCUAUGCUGGUUACCAUGCCACUAGAAAAACCACAAGUAUUGUUAAAAGUGUGCUUGAUCCCAAGAAAGCAGACUCAAACUUUUUAGCUUGGCCGUUUCCUAGCAAUAUUCUGUUAUUCUAUAAUCAAGAAGAGAAACCACUGCACUCUAGUGGUUGGUCUCCAUUUAACAGUCCAAAUGGUUCAGCGAUGCUUGGGGUGAUUGACGUUGCUUUCCUGUCGGUAUACUCAAUUGGCAUGUUUUUUGCUGGACAUUUAGGAGAUCGUUUGAACCUGCGAUUCCUUCUUACUAUAGGAAUGGUUGGGACUGGCUUGUUUACUGCCCUCUUCGGCAUUGGUUACUGGUUAAACAUUCACAGUUUCUACUAUUACUUGGUAGUUCAGAUAUUUGCAGGUUUGUUUCAAUCUACUGGAUGGCCUUCAGUUGUAACUGUUGUUGUUAACUGGUUUGGAAAGAGGAAGAGGGGAUUGAUCAUGGGAAUAUGGAAUGCCCACACUUCAGUUGGAAAUAUCUCUGGCUCAUUGAUUGCUUCUGCUUUGUUGAGUUAUGGGUGGGGCUGGUCUUUUGUCAUUCCUGGCCUUCUUAUUUCAGUCAUUGGACUGACUGUAUUUCUUUUCUUGCCUGAGAGUCCUGAGGUUGUUGGAAUAGAUAAAAAAGAUGCACAGUUGAAGCCUAGCAGGGCUGGAAAUGAUGAGCUUCCUCUUGAAGGAAGAGAAGAAAAGAUCAAGGAUAAAGCAGUGGGAUUUGUUGAGGCAUGGUGGAUACCUGGGGUUGCUCCAUUUGCCUUUUGUCUUUUCUUCUCCAAAUUGGUUGCUUAUACUUUUCUCUACUGGCUUCCAUUCUAUAUCAGUCACACAGCCAUUGGAGGUGAAUAUUUAUCCAAUUCGAAGGCUGGAGCCUUAUCAACAUUGUUCGAUAUCGGUGGUGUGUUUGGUGGCAUCUUAGCAGGUCACAUUUCUGACAACCUUAAUGCACGGGCAAUCACAGCUGCAAGUUUUAUGUAUUGUGCCAUCCCUGCACUCUUCUUUUACCGAGUUUAUGGGAGCACUUCCCUCUUCUGCAAUGCUGCUCUCAUGAUCAUUACAGGCUUGUUUGUGAAUGGUCCUUAUGCUCUUAUCACAACAGCAGUUUCAGCUGACCUUGGCACCCAUGGCUCCCUGAAGGGGAAUUCCAGGGCCUUGGCUACUGUGACGGGUAUCAUCGACGGAACGGGAUCAAUGGGCGCAGCCAUUGGACCACUCUUGACUGGAUAUCUGUCAACACAAAGCUGGAGUGCAGUAUUCACUAUGCUUAUAGUAGCUGCGCUCAUGUCUGGUCUGUUACUUACGAGGCUUGUGGCGGCUGAGGUUAAGGUGAAAUUGAGGGCGAGGUCUUCUAUGUUGGAGCAAAGUCUAUUAGUCUAAUAUGAUUCACAUUACAGACUUUCACUGGAAGCAAGAUAGUGUUGGAACAAGGAGAGAUUUGGUUGUCAUUUAUUUAGAUGAAUAUUUAAAUUUGUUAAGAGUAUAAAUUAUAGAAUAAAUUCCAAUUCCUUACGUUCUCAAUUUUCUUCUUUCUCUUUGCCUUCGUGUCAAAUGAUACUUGUAUGAAUAUUUGUACUAUAUUUUCUACUGAAAACAUGUUCUGUAAAAGUUCAGUCUGAAAGUCUUACUCAGAUUUCUGCUUUGCUCAAGCUUGUUCUUCGGUUAUUUUCUUGGUCAUGUAGGCAGUGCAAUUAAAGAACAACAAAAGCCAAAUUAGUGGGAUUUAUU